AUGGACAGCCCGCUGCUGCCUUCGCUGAGCCGCAAGGACACCGUCCUGGGCCGCGUGACGCAGCUCUCGGAAAGAUACUACUCGGCUGCAAUAAAGUGCCUAGACAUGGACCACUACCUAUGGCGUCACAACUUGACCACUCUCCAAACUCUCCUCCUGAUCAUUUACGGAAUCCACCACAGCCGCGGGCAGACCUGGACACUGCUCGGGCUCGCAUACCACCUCGCGCUCUCUGUUGGCUGCCACGUCGACCCUUCUGCCUUUUCCCUCGACACCGCGUCCUGCGAGGAGCGCCGGCGCUCCUGGCUCGCUCUCAUGAUGCUCCUCUGCAACCAAAACAUGUCCAUGGCGGGCUUCGACAUCCUCCACACGGCCAAGUCCUUCUCUAUACGGUUGCCGGCGGAAGCGCUGGACCAAGACUUGCCCGACGGCGCACACCCGCCGCCGCCUGGGCAAGUCGGCCUCACCCCCGUCGGCUACUUCAUCCGCAAAUACCGCCUGUUCCAACUAUCUUCCGAAAUCUGCAGUCUGUCCCCGGCGAAGCAGCAGGCGGACCCUACGCUGCUCCGGAGGCUCGACGCCGCCCUCCGCCUCGAGCAAGACCGGCUGACGCAAAUCCGCGACAAUGCGUCUGGCGCAUCGGCCGUCUUCAGAAACCUGCUGCUCAGCUUCUCGCACCACUUGAUCGUCCUCCUCCACUGCAGGGUGUUUAGGCGCCCUGCCCCGAGUGCCGACGACGACGCCUGGUCGAAGGAGUGUUGCUGGGACAGCGCACGGCAGGUCCUUGCCCUGCAUGCCGACUUUGCCCAUUUACCUGCCUUCAAGCCUCACAGGUGGUAUAUCCGCGGCCGGGGCGCAUUCCACGCCUUCCACGCGGCUGUCGUGCUGGUCCUGUUGGUGUCUGCAGACAGACGCGGCUCGCCGAGCGCAGAGGUGAUGCAGGCACUUGGGAAUUGUUUACAAUGUUUGGAGUCGUUUGGGACGCAGAGCCAAAUCUGUGCCCGGUCCGCAAGUAUUCUAGGCCAUCUGCUAACAAAGGUUACAAACUCGACCUCGUCAUCGCAGUCGCAGGGUGCUAAUGUCGAGGCUGGAGUGCAGACAUCAAGCGCAGGGCUUGUGCCCGUGGAUGAUGCGAGCUCAUCGGGCGCGCAAGUUCGCCAACAGCCUGAGAGGCACGGCGGAGGAGGGUUAAUGGACGGGGUUGAUUUGAACAACUUGCUUGGCAACUUUGCGCCUGGCCAGUGGCUUGAUGCUGAUUAUAUUGAUUGGCAACAGCUGGACAUGUUUAUGCCGUGGUCUGAUACCGUGUAG